UUAAUAUCGAAGAGAUUUAGAUAGAUAACGAACGGUAAAGUUCGAUCGAUAGUAAUUUACUUCAUGAAAAUUUCAAUUAUAUCUUGAUAAUGGUUAAUAAUUUGUAAGAAAAAAUUUUCUUGGCCUAACCAAGAUCGUCUGAUUUAACGAGAAUUUGACGAUGCUUUCGUCAUAGUGACAAUAGUAUAUUAUUGGCACGGACACGGUUUGUCGUCGCGCAUGAAAUCGGUGCAGCCUUAAAACUAAUCUCGCUGCCGUCUUGGAAACUCGGUGUAACGCUUGUGCCGAGGAAGCCGCCACCGAACAUCGUGUUAAAAGGCUAAUUAGGAAAAAGUAGGGCCUACGUGUGCGAGUAUAAAAAUGGAAUCGAUGCACAAUGCAUAUCCGAAAAAAGUUCACGAUUCGUACGAGGAUGAAGAGGAGAGGAAACAUUUUCAACGUAUUGUUUCAGCGUUCAGGCACUAUAAAUCUCACUCCCUGCAGAGAGUUAAGAAGACAGAAUCUUAUCUAUUAUCCUUACCGGUGCAUCAUCAGAAACUAUUAUCCAAAUAUAAAGAGCAUCUUCAAGAAGUCAAGAGAUGUAUUGAAUAUAACAACGAUAUAAUAAGACUCAUCAUAAAGGAUGUAGCUCAUAUUUUUGAAAAUGUGAGCCCAGCUAGUGCACAAAAUGACAGUGUAAGAAAACUUUACCUGACACAAAACACCCGACCUGUAUUGGCUGACCAAGAAAAAGUACAAGCUACUAUUAAACAAUUAGUUCGCGACUGGAGCUUGGAAGGAACUGAAGAACGUAAAGCUUGCUAUCAGCCUAUCAUAGAUGAAAUAACAAAUCAAUUUCCAUUAGAUAAAUGUACUCCAUCACAAGUGCAAAUUCUAGUACCUGGUGCAGGAUUGGGUCGUCUUGCGUAUGAAAUUGCAAGGCGUGGUUAUACUUGCCAAGGGAACGAAUUUUCUCUCUUUAUGCUCUUUGCAUCACAUUUCGUAUUAAAUAAAUGCAGAGGUAUAAAUUCAUAUCAAGUACAUCCAUGGGUACAUCAAUAUAUGAACAAUUUAAAACCAGAACAUCAAACACAAGCUGUUUUCUUCCCUGACGUAAAUCCCAGUGAUCUUCCAGAAAAUGCACAAUUUUCUAUGACAGCAGGAGAUUUCUUAGAGGUUUAUACAGAAGACGACCAUUGGGAUUGUGUUGCUACGUGUUUCUUUAUAGAUUGUGCAAAUAAUGUAGUACAAUUUAUAGAAACCAUCUAUAAAAUUUUAAAACCAGGAGGAGUAUGGAUAAAUCUUGGUCCAUUGCUGUAUCAUUUUAGUGACAUGCCUAUGGAAGAUUCAAUAGAACCAAGUUAUGAUGCAGUUCGUGAUGUUAUACAAGGUUUCGGUUUUCAUCUUGAGAAAGAAGAAACACACAUGAAAACACGCUAUGCGCAAAAUGUGAAUAGUAUGUUACAAUGCGAGUAUAAUAGUGUGUAUUUUGUAUGUCGGAAACCUAAAAGACAUAUUAAUAUAUUGGGUCAUCAAAAUGGUGCUGAAAGCAAUGGCAUACAAGAACAAGAAAAUUAAAUAUUGACAAAUCUAACAUGUUUUACUCAUGAGGAAAAUUGGUGGAAUUGUACAAGGACUAAAGUACUCCAAUUUAUACCGAGCAAAUUCAAAGACAACCAUAACAUAUUUUAUUUCUGGUAUUGUAAAACAAUUUCUGUGAUUCAAAAGCUUAUUUGGAUACAAAUAAGUGUUAUUUCUAUAUUCCCUGAAAACAAAAUUUUUGACAUAUACAAGUUCCUUUCGUAGUACCAAACUAAAUAAUUAAUAACUUCAUAAAUCAGUAACUUUUAGUAACAAUUUGACAAUUUCCCUAAUGAGUCUUACAUUUGUGAUCUAGCAUAAUAAUUAACGUUUAUUUGUUUCCAUCAUGUACCAAUAGCUAUGACAAUGUAAUAUAUGACCAUUUCCUCUUCUGCUCUCUCCUGCUGUUUAGUUGGGAAUAUUUCGAUUACUAACGUUAGUGAUAAUGCUAAUGACAUAUCUUUACAGGUGCUAACGAAGCCUUAUUUAGUUUUUUCUUUAUCCUUGGUCAUUUUUCAAAUAAUGAAGACAAGUUAAAAAUCAAAUUUAUUAAAAGAACAGACAAAGUUUCAUCGGAGAAGAAACUACAGCUUAUGAAUAUGUAUUAUUUUUCCAUAUUAUCAUUAGUUCCUUUCAAAAAUAUUGUAAAAAGCAUGUAUAGAAAAUGAUAUAUAAAUGAUCACUGAAAGUUUUUACUUCGUUAUAUGUGUUAUUCUCUUCAGAUAUAUAAUUUUGUAAUGGCAAAUAUGGAAGUAAAUACUUUUCAAGCGUU